CAAUCUAUCUUUAUGUCUGCAGAUUAAAAAACUCUCUCCAUAUAUCUUAAUACUUUUUUGCUGGGAAAAUUCUGUAUCCAACUUAGCAGAAACAAGGAAAAAAAAAAAAAACUGAAAAAACACGUUGCAAGAAACGCAUAUCCAUGGAAGAGAUUAUGUCCCCAUCUUCCCCAUCCUCACUUUUCUCAUUUUGUCAAGAAUCCUCGCCCUCUCUCCAACAACGCCUCCAUGUCAUCAUCCAGAGCGGCGCUGGAUGGUGGGUCUACGCCAUCUUCUGGCAAGCCUCCAAGGAUGCCGGUGACCGCCUUGUUUUAACAUGGGCUGAUGGGAAUUUCCAUGGCUCCAAGGACUUCGUCACCGAACCAAAUAACAAGCACAUCCAACAAAAAUUCGGUUUGAAUCUGGAAAAAAAGUUAUCUAUGGAGUUCCUAGCUCCUUUGGGUGAUGCCAUGGACAUGGACAGAUUGAUAGAAGUUGACCAUACUAACUGUGAGUUAUUCUAUACCGUAUCAUCAACGCGAUCAUUCACAAUUGGAGAAGGAAUUCUUGGGCAGGCAUUUCAUUCCGGAGGUUUCAUUUGGUUAACCGGUGAUCACGAGCUACAGUUAUACGAGUGUGAAAGAGUUAAGGAGGCUCGUUUGCACGGGAUACUGACUUUGGCUUGUGUCUCAACUUCUUGCGGAGUUGUUGAAUUGGGCUCCUCUGUUGUGAUCGAAGAAGACUGGAGCUUGGUGCAACUGUGCCAAUCGCUUUUUGGAGCAGACAUCGCCUGCUUGUUGUCCAAGCAGCCCAGUUGUAAAUCUCACCUUCAAAUUCCAGACCGGAGUACUUUCCAUAUUGGAAUGUUUUCAAGUCCUCAAAAGGAGACCUCUCCAGGGAAGCAACACAAAGGGGACAUAAAGAGAGAUCCUUCUGGUUCUGGUCAAGGCCGGUCGUCUUCUGAUUCUGGACCUCCUUAUUCUGAGGGCAAUUAUGCUGCUGGAAAUACUAAUCAGUUCCAAACAAGAGGAAGAAAACCAAAUGUCAAAGAAUUGCCUCUACACCAUGUCGAAGCGGAGAGGAAGCGCAGAGAGAGACUUAAUCACCGAUUCUAUGCACUCCGAUCCGUGGUUCCUAAUGUUUCCAAGAUGGAUAAAGCAUCUCUACUUGCAGAUGCAGUCACUUACAUCAAGGAUCUCAAGGCCAAAGUAGACGACUUGGAGGCCAAACUGAACACACAAUCCAAUAAAUCAAAGAUGAUUAGUGCAAACGUCUAUGAAAAUCAAUCAACCGAUUGCAUGAUCGAUCCUUUGAUGCCUUCCUCAAGUUAUAGAGCUAACAAGUCAAUGGCGGUGGACGUAAAGAUUGUAGGAUCACAAGCCAUGAUCCGAGUCCAGUCCCUGGAUGUUAAUUACCCAGCUGCAAGAUUGAUGGAUGCACUCAGAGAACUUGAUUUUCAAGUUCAUCACGCGAGUUUCUCAAGUAUCAACGAGAUGGUGCUUCAAGAUGUUAUUGUCAGCAUUCCUGAAGGAUUGAUAAGUGAAAAGAUUAUGGAAAGUAUUAUUUUUAAAAAAAUGCAGAAUUAAGCUAACUUUCUUAACGAAUAACCUCUCCUUGGUACCUUAAUUAUGGUGUAGUUAUUGAUAUAAAACAACCUAAUAUGUUAUCAAAAUGGACUUACAGCCGUUUGUUUUAUGC